UCUCUCUCUUCUGACACGUGUCUAAAUGUAGCAAUCAACGGUAUGAGACACUCUUGUUCUCCCACUACUACAAAAUGCCACUCUUCUCAUCAUUCUUACCAGCUACGAUUACACACUCACCAGCAACCACCUUCCUUUUGCCGUCGAUCACUCUUCUCUCACCGCCGAAACAGAUUUUGACACAAAAAUGGCAACAAUAACGGGAUCUUCAAUGCCGACGAGAACCGCGUGCUUCAAUUACCAAGGAAGAUCAGCAGAGUCUAAACUGAAUUUGCCUCAGAUCACAUUCAAUAACAACCAAGCGUUUACGCAUAUUGGUUUGAGAUCUCUCAACAAGCUGCACGUGCGUACCGCACGUGCUACUUCCGGUUCUUCAGAUACCAGUGAAAAGUCAUUGGGGAAAAUAGUGUGUGGAAUGAGCUUGGUGUUUGUUGGAGCUGAAGUUGGACCUUGGAGUAAAACUGGUGGACUCGGUGAUGUUCUUGGUGGUCUUCCACCUGUUUUAGCAGGAAAUGGACAUCGAGUUAUGACUGUGUCACCGCGUUAUGAUCAAUACAAGGAUGCAUGGGAUACGAAUGUGCUGGUUGAGGUUAAAGUUGGAGAUAAAAUUGAAACUGUGCGUUUCUUUCACUGUUACAAGAGAGGAGUUGAUCGUGUUUUUGUGGAUCAUCCACUUUUCCUUGAAAGGGUGUGGGGAAAGACUGGGUCAAAACUUUAUGGUCCUAAAACUGGAAUUGAUUAUAGAGAUAAUCAACUUAGAUUCAGCUUGUUGUGUCAGGCUGCACUUGAGGCACCAAGGGUUUUGAACUUAAACAGCAGCAAAUAUUUCUCAGGACCAUAUGGCGAAGAUGUAAUCUUUGUUGCCAAUGAUUGGCACUCUGCUCUUAUUCCAUGCUACUUGAAAUCGAUGUACAAGUCUAGAGGGCUUUACAAAAACGCAAAGGUGGCCUUUUGUAUUCAUAACAUAGCUUACCAGGGUAGAAACGCCUUUUCAGACUUCUCUCUUCUCAAUUUACCUGAUGAAUUCCGAAGCUCUUUCGACUUUAUUGAUGGGUAUAAUAAGCCUGUGAAGGGAAGAAAAAUCAAUUGGAUGAAGGCUGGAAUAUUAGAAUCCGACCAAGUGUUCACUGUAAGUCCACAUUAUGCCAAGGAACUUAUUUCCGGAGAAGACAGAGGUGUGGAAUUGGACAAUAUCAUUCGUUCAACGGGCAUCAUUGGUAUCGUUAAUGGCAUGGAUAAUCGAGAGUGGAGUCCACAAACUGAUAGAUACAUAGAUGUACAUUACAAUGAAACAACUGUCACCGAAGCAAAACCUCUGUUGAAAGAAACUCUUCAAGCCGAGAUUGGGUUGCCAGUUGACAGCAGUAUCCCUUUGAUAGGGUUCAUUGGCAGGCUAGAAGAGCAGAAAGGUUCAGAUAUUCUCGUUGAAGCUAUUGCCAAGUUCGCUGACGAAAAUGUUCAGAUAGUAGUUCUUGGAACUGGCAAAAAGAUCAUGGAAAAGCAAAUCGAGGUACUGGAGGAAAAAUAUCCCGGCAAAGCAAUUGGGAUAACAAAAUUCAACAGCCCCUUGGCUCACAAAAUUAUUGCUGGAGCUGACUUUAUAGUGAUCCCAAGUAGAUUUGAGCCCUGUGGUCUAGUUCAGUUGCAUGCCAUGCCAUAUGGAACGGUGCCUAUAGUUUCCUCAACUGGUGGACUUGUUGACACUGUGAAAGAAGGCUAUACAGGAUUCCACGCUGGGCCGUUCGAUGUAGAGUGUGAAGAUGUUGAUCCAGAUGAUGUAGAUAAGUUAGCAGCAACUGUAAAGAGAGCCCUUAAAACCUAUGGUACUCAAGCCAUGAAACAGAUAAUCCUGAACUGCAUGGCCCAAAACUUCUCGUGGAAGAAACCAGCCAAACUGUGGGAGAAGGCGCUGUUGAACCUAGAAGUCACAGGCAACGUAGCUGGAAUAGAUGGGGACGAGAUUGCUCCUCUUGCAAAGGAAAAUGUGGCUACUCCUUGAGAGGAGUGUCCUCGUAAAUUCGCAGUUGAUGAACAAGUUCUACAUGAUCGAAAACAUGAACCAAUAUGCUAAAAGUAAUGUAAGGUUUCUUUGGAGUAAGGUCUUGUAAGCAAUCUAUGUAGUUUCAAGAACAUGAGUUGUAAGAAGUUAAAAUGUUGUAUUAGUGAAUAAAGGCAUGUAUCAUGUUGUCAAAUUUUUUAUAUGGCUCUAGUCGUGGAUUUCAUAAUCAUAGGAAUGAAUAAUGCACUCUAAGUGAAUAAAGUUCUAGUUCAUAUGGCGUCGA